AUGUGAAGAGACAGGUUCUCUCGCUGGACCUUUCCAAAAGCCUUGACUGGAAGUCAGUUUGGGGAAAGUGUAACAAUGAACACAGGACUAACAGGUUUAGACUCAGUUAGACGGGGAUUAGUGAUAUCAUAUGGGUGCAGCUGUUUUUGAAUUUUGUUUCCUCAUAGAGAUUUAUCACAGCUAAUAUUAGUUGUCGUUUUUCCAUUUCCAUUACACCUGACGGGUGGACUACGCAGCAUUUCCCCUGGAACAGUGGAGCGAGAACUGUCCGAGGGAAAAGGAGGACGACAAAAUCACUGAAAACUUAUCUGCCAAGAUUUUCUGGGGGGGGUUGUACUAUUUGACCAAGUCUUGCAAUUGUGGUCCCCCACCACAGAAACGGUCCACAAUGUCUCAUCCAAAAUAUUAUCACCAGCAGCUGAAACUAUGGAGCUUCAAACGGAUCAUCUACCUGAUACCUGUCCUCACCGUCCUGUCUGUGAUGCUGCUGUUCUGGCUAUACAGACCCUGGCUGGCUCAGAUCCUAUUUCAGUCCGACCAACACACAGAAUAUGGACGAGCAUCAUCAGCCCCACAUAAACAUACGGUGCCCCUGCUGGAGGUCAAUGGGACACAGACACUGCUGGUGUCGGCGUACCUGGAGCAUCGCACCAACAAGAAAGAGGUCCGUGUUAUAGCUGUGGUGUUAAGGAGCGAGGCUGUAGCAUACCGCUGCCAUAUCUGUUGCCAGGAGCAACUCCAUGUCUCAGAUGGCUAUGUGGAUGUCCACCAGGACCACUUUGGUUUUGAAUAUGGAACAGCGGACAUCAUGUGCCCACUCCCAACCAGCUGUGACACCGCCUCUAGUAUUGCCCUGACGUCUGUGGGCACAACUGUUAUGAAAGAGAAAGGUGGGGGAGAGCCGCUGGUCUUCCUGGAGGUGUUAAACCAGGAGAUGAAGAGUGAAUCCUUCCCUCACAACUUCACCGUUUGCUUCUCAACCAUGUUCGACUUCACCAACACACUGCAGCUGGUCCAGAGCAUCGAGAUGCUGCGCCUCCUGGGUGUUACCCGAGUGGUCAUCUACAAGACCAGCUGCAGCCCUUACACACAGAUGCUAUUGAACUACUACCAAAACACAGGUCUUGUGGAGGUGAUUCCAUGGCACUUGUCCAGCCUGAUGAAUGUGUCUAGGGGUUGGCAGCCUCAGUACAGCCCCGGUCAGAUGCACUACUAUGGUCAGAUCCCUGCCCUGACUGACUGCGUCUACAGAUACAUGUACCGCUCCAAAUACCUGGCCCUCCACGAUAUGGAUGAGCUCAUACUGCCACAAACGGUGGACAGCUGGGGGGAGCUGCUUCCUCUUCUGGAGCAAAAGCUUGGCUCCGACUUCGGUUACUUGUUCAAGAACAGCGUUUUUCCUGUCACCGCCAGCCUCCCUCCUCCCCCGUCCUCGCUGUCCCCCAAUCUCCCGCAUGGCUGCUGCCCCGCCUGGAAGGAUGUGCCCGGCGUGAACAUCCUGGCACACCUGCACCACGAACCCGUCAACCAGUGGACUCACAGCAACUUUAAGAUGAUAAUCAACCCCCGAGCUGUGUUCCGCCCCACUGUCCAUGGCCUGCUGAGCUCACAGAAGGGCCACGUUUGGGUUAGCGGCGACAUUGCACACAUGUACCAUACAAGAACACCGAUGGAGACCAAGCUGACUCCAGACCAGCUCAUGUAUGAUAGCCGACUGCUUGGUUACAGUGACCGCCUGAUCCUUGCGGUCAACACUGUCCUCGAAGAGACAGGACUCGUUCAGGAAGAUGAUACAGAAUAG